CUAAAGUUCAAAAAGUGACAAAUAUUUCAAUAUUACGUCAAAUAUUUUCUCCAUAAUGUAACAAAACUUUUUUUUUAAUACUGUUUAUAAUGAAGCAAUAAGAUUUGCAAUAAUAACUUUUACAAAAUGGAAAGCGUAACUAAUUUUUGUGUAUCGCUUAUCAAAGGUUUUAUAGAUAGUUUACGAGGAGUCACUGUCUUAUUGUAUUUAGAUAGAGAAAUAAAUGAACGAGCUCUCAGUCGAUCGCCACCAGCUGAUUUUGAAAACAGUAAACAGAAGCAAACAAAAGUGAAACAGGAAUCAAAAGUACUUACUAGGGUUUUACAAUCAUGUAUCCUCAACGGAUUUAUAUUUCUGUUAAGCAUACUCAUAUUUGAGUAUGGCCUCCUACCUGCAGUGAAGUACUUAGUUAUACUAGUGUUUGGUCACAACCCCGGUGUGGCGCACAAUGUGUGGGGUUGGAUGCAACCCUUCCUCUCCAUGACGUUCAGGAUGAUAUGGGUGCUACCUCUCUUUCUCCUGAGCAAGCUGGUCAAUAGCUUGUGGUUUCAAGAUAUAGCAGACUCAGCAUAUAGACAUCGUAGAGGUCGUCCACAAUUCAUGUCAAGUGUCAGUAAAAUAAUUGCUGAUUCACUAUUCAGUCUUCUGGUGCAAGCUCUAUUUCUAGUUCAGAGUAUGCUAGUCAGUAUGUUACCCAUAACAUACAUCGGUGAGCUGUUAUGCUUGGUACACAUGUGUUUGUUGUACUCUCUGUACUCCUUUGAAUACAAAUGGUUCAACAUGGGCUGGGAGCUACACAAGAGACUUACAUUCAUUGAAACCAAUUGGCCGUACUUUCUGGGCUUCGGUCUACCAUUAGCUGUGCUGACACAGAUUCCCCAGUCUUAUAUAAUAAGUGGUUGUGUCUUCUCAAUCUUCUUCCCGGUGUUUAUUUUGAGCGGGAACGAAGCUACUCCGGUCACGGGAAGCGAGUGUCCGCUGCGGCUGUUCUCGGGCGCGGUGGCGCUGGCCAACGGGCUGUUCCGCCUCGCGCGGCGCCGCGCCGACACGUGAGGCCGCUCUGCGAGUGCGCUGCCAUCGGUUGCGUUGCUCACUGUUUUGUUUCAUUUUCUAAUAUUCGAUUUUUUCGUGGUACAUUUACUUCUACUUUUUUAACUAGUAUAAAUCGCUACAAUAUUUUUAUGACUACGCUAAUCCGGGUGAAGUGUGCCCAUAUAAUGUGUAAAAAAUAGUAUCAUUGAUUGAUAAAAAUUUAAACAGACGUUUGGGGCAGGACGCCUGACCCCGGAUACGCCCGUGUGGGGCGACUCGUAUAUAUAUGUAUAUAAUGUGACGGGACUGUAAUAUGGGGAUAGAAUUAAAAUAUAAUGUAUGAAACGUUCCAUGGAAGCGACCCCGCUUAUCUCAGCGCGCCUUGGAUCAUUCUCGAUCGAAACAUAUCGUUGCGAUAAACAAAAAGUAAUUUAAUAUUUGUGUUUGAUACAGGGUUAUAUACCGGUAUAUAUCGGUGUGAUUAGCGGGCGGCGGCCCGGUCGCGGAACCGGACGGGGUUUAUUUAUUGGUGGCCAUUCGCUUAUGUUUCACCAAGUAUAUUCACAUAAACGAAACAGCUUGAAAUGUUUUGUUGGUUCUAUACAAGUAUGUCAUGUUAAGGUGGGAAGUAAGGGCUGUUUGAGGAUAUUCGUUUCCGGUAUAUAGAGUGUGGUCACCGUUAGGAGUAAGACGUAGGCAAAUGUUGCUUAAUUACACUUGCCGCGAGCGCGUUGUGUACACCUGUACAAUGUUAAUGUUCUUAAUUAUUAUUUAUUGUAUCGCUACAAAAUGUUCUCUCGCGACGGAAUUCUGUUUCCAUGAAAAUGUUAAGGGUGCUCGUAAUAAUUAAUUAAUAGUUCUUAAAUUGAGAUACUUGUAUAUUUAAAUACAAACACAGACACUAAUAAUAUAUAAUUGAAAUAGAUCGGUCUGCGUGUCUGACAUGUGUGUUUUAUGAUAUACAAUUAGAAAUAAAUUAAUUACGAGUGUAUCAGACAUAAUGUGAACGGCAGGUCGUGACGUCAUCACUUAACGCGCUAAACACGAAACGCCGCGCGACUCCCGGCACGUUGUCGACAGUAGGUUUAAACAUAUAUUUAAUUUGGAUACAACUUUAUGAUGUAAAAUAUAUCGUUCCAAAUCUUUUUAUAAUUAAUACAAUAUUUUAAAACUAAAUUAUACAGUCAGUGUAUUUAAGAUGAGGACGUUUGCUACAACUGGAGACUCGUCCUAAAUAUUCGGGGAAAGGAUAAAGCAUCUGCUGUCCGUAAUCUCACUUCCGACGAGGGACAUUUUGUAGUGGUCGUUGACCAAUGGUGCCUGGAAUGUUUGGUGACAUGUAAUUACUUAUCGCUACACAUAAUGUUUAAUCGUAGUAUAGUUAUAAAGAUCAUUCUCACUCUGAAUAGUCGUUAAUUGUGAUUUUAUUUUUACAUGACAUAAUUUAUUAAAGGAAUUGACUGAUC